AUGUCGAAAUGGGUUCUCGAUCGUGUCGAGAGUAAAAAUUCUAGUGGUCUUUCUUUGGCAUAUGGCCUGAUGGUGUGCGAAAACGCGUUGGAGCGUGUGUCGGAGGGGCGUGAAGGCGCGUUGUCGCGUAACGCGAUCAAGUUGUCGCGAUUGAAUUGCGAGCGAGUUGUCUCCUCGAGAGAGUUAUCUUGCAGCGAAGUUGUAGGAGCAUUGAAUGACGCGCGACUGAGGAGCGUGCGGAUUGAGGUCGCUCAGAGCGAGUUGUCUCCUCAUGGGAGUUGUCUCGCACAUUUUCCCUUUGAAUACUUUUUACGUGCAGACGAGGAAAACAAUCUCCUUCAAGGAAUAAACAGCUUCCGACAAUCAUCUCGAGCGCCCGCCCUCGCAAAGCACGAUAAGGCCGAAUGUGUGGCCGACCAAAUCGCCAACCAAUUAGAACACCAAAGCUGCGCCUCGAACACACUACCGCCCACGCAAUCCCAACUCAUGUCAAAUUACCCAAAUGUCCUCAAGAAGUGCAAGAUUGACGUCAACACCACCAAAGACGGUAUGAUCCUACCCGUUUGCGUGCCCCAUCGGGUCUCCACACUCGUCCUCACAAACUACACCCAGUCGCAGAAUUCCAAGUACUUGAAUGAUUCCCGGUUUACCGGUGCUGGAAUUGGGAAAGAAGAUGAUUGGACUGUGCUUGUGUUAACCACGAGCACGCCCGGAGGUAGCUUUGCUAGUGGGGCCCGCCGAUACUUGCCUUCGUCUCUUUUCUUGAUGAUGCUAUUUGUGGGGUUGAUUUAUUGAACUUGCUGUGUGUGAUUACACUUUUGGUAUGUGUUUUUUUUUUAAUUACUGAAUUUGUGUUUGUAUUUAAUGUAAUUGCCGGAUUGAAGCGCUGUUCUUUGUUUCGAAUGUUGUGGAAUUUGUGGGGUUUAAUUUCAUCUUAAUGGUGUAUUAUUGGUUCCGAAAUUUUUCGUAUGCUGGAUUUCGGAGAUGGUUUGAU